AUUUAAGAUAAACACAAUAUUGCGUCAUUGUUAUUGUGGUACUUGGUUCUCCCAUCGCUUACAGACAUUUCACCACCAUUUCGCCUACAUUUCGGCCCCUGAAGCUGCGGACACGCUAAAUCAUGUCGCUCCAGAAGGACACGUCAUCGGACGAGAGCUUGCAAGGGUCCUGGGUUGAGCUGCAUUUCAGUGGCAAUGGUUCUCAAAGCACCAGUCACCACGGGAGCCAGGAGCAAAUCCCCACGUCCAGUCAGGAGUGCGACGUGGAGAAAAUGCUGCUUGAAGCUCAGAACGAGUCGGGCAGGAACAGCUCCAGAGGAAGCUCUCAGUGCAACAGCCCACUGAGAGCACAGACCCCCCUUCUUCUGUGGAGAGGAUCAGAGGGAAACAGCUCUCAGUCUGAUGAAGACUUCCAAGAGAGACGAAGGGAAGUAGAGAACCUGAUGAAGAAAAAUGCCGACUGGAUCUGGGACUGGUCAAGUCGACCCGAGAACAAUCCACCAAAGGAGUUCCUGCUGAAGUACCCUAAGCGCUCGACCUCUCUCAGCAUCAGGAACACCAGCGUCAUGAAGAAGGGAGGUGUUCUCUCCGCUGACUUUCUGAAGAUUUUCCUCCCCUCAUUAAUCAUUUCUCACAUACUUGCUGUGGGCUUAGGCAUAUACAUUGGGAAGCGCCUGACGUCCCACAACACCUACUAAACGGGACGGCGGUGCGUUGUGACACCUCGUCACCUUCAUACGACCAUCUCAGCAUGCCUUAAAAUGGACCCUCAGAACAUCAAGGGAGGUGCGGCCGCGUGUGACACUUCGAUUCGAGUCCCCCCUCAUGGCCCACGCCAGCGAGGAGAGUUGAGGAUCUGUCAUUGCUGUUUCGUGGUGAAAACCUCUGAACACAACGGUGACCAAUCCACUCCUCCUUGCUGCAGUCGCUGUCCUGGAAGAUGACUGUUUCGCUGCUUCCUGCUCCUUAAAUCUGCACGUUAGGGAAUCACUAUAACACGCUGUGUGUCACUGCCUUUGUUUUUCUUUUUCUUGUUAUUAAACUGAAAUUAGGUUUGAUUUAUCGUAAUGUGCUGUCGGUUUAAGUUUGUCAAAUCAGCUGUGGAUCAAAUAAUUGUUUUCGACAGUUUCCAAGACCACGGGAUCAUUAGCUCAGUGUUUAAGUGAUUGUGCCCAUUACCGAUUGCACAGCUGCGUGCUGGUUAAAUUGUGAUCAAAUGUUAAUAAGCUCAUUAAGCACGGAUAUGAUACAUUUUGUUCAUCCGCCACGAAAUAAAACUCGUAAACCCA